GAAUAACAUGCUGGUGGAAUUCCCAUGGACGGGACUGAAUAUACUAGGAUGGAUGGAAUCAUGAGUCCGCCAUUUAAAAACUCACGCCGAACAUGCGGAAUAAGUAACGACGCCACCGUACAAUGUUUGAAAACGAUUCAAUCAAUUAAAAAAUCAGUCAUCGACAUCUAGCAGACCUACUAUUUGAUGUUAUCGUUCUGUUUGCAGUGCCAGUAAUAUCCCUAAAUAUAAACAUGGAUCGUUUAAACCUUUUAUCGUUCUGCUUACAGUGCUAGUAAUAUCCCUAAAUAUAAACAUGGAUCGUUUAAACCUGUCAUAUAUGGAGUAACCUGCAGGGGACGGGUUUCGAACCGUGGUUGAUUAGUUACGGGGGGUUGCAACAAUAUAAAAAUACAAUUGCAAAGAAAUAAGAGGAGUCCAGUUGUCAGUACACUUCUGAGAUUGACUUUGUUUACAGAUAAAGAGUCUCUGAGGCGGGUCGACUCUUGCUGCUGGCGAAAUCUAUUGCAGAAAGGAGAAAAAAGAGAACCAAGGAAGGAAAAGGACACGAGGACAAAAAGAAGGAAUGAGGAUAGUGGACAGUAUGGUGAUGGGCGAAUUGUCCUCGUCUGCAGGCAGAUUUCUAGGGGAAGAGGACAUACCCUUUUUAAGUUUGUGGUGGUGCGUGUAUGGAGGCAUUUCUGCUCUUCUCGUUAUGUUUGCAGGGAUUAUGUCCGGCUUGACUUUAGGAUUGAUGUCUCUCGGCCUUGUGGAUUUGGAGGUACUUCAGAGGAGUGGCACUCCUACAGAGAAAAAACAAGCAGCUACUAUUUUUCCUGUCGUUCAGAGACAACAUCAACUUCUUGUCACAUUACUUCUUUGUAAUGCUGCAGCCAUGGAGGCUCUUCCAAUAUUUUUGGAUAUGAUGUUCCACCCUGUUGUUGCAGUGAUUCUCUCUGUAACCUUUGUCCUAGCAUUUGGUGAGGUUAUCCCACAAGCAAUAUGUUCACGAUAUGGCCUUGCUGUUGGUGCAAAUUUUGUUUGGCUUGUACGUGUGCUUAUGAUUGUUUGCUAUCCAAUCGCCUAUCCUGUUGGGAAGGUAUUGGAUUUCGUUCUUGGGCAUAACGAGUCUGCUUUAUUUAGGAGGGCACAACUAAAAGCUCUGGUUUCAAUUCAUGGCCAGGAGGCAGGCAAAGGUGGGGAGCUUACGCAUGAUGAGACAACAAUAAUAAGUGGAGCACUUGAUCUGACUGAGAAGACUGCUCAGGAGGCCAUGACACCAAUUGAAUCAACUUUUUCAUUGGAUGUCAAUUCUAAGUUGGAUUGGGAGGCAAUGGGGAAGAUCUUGGCUCGAGGCCACAGUCGGGUUCCUGUGUACUCUGGAAACCCUAAGAAUAUAAUAGGGCUUCUUUUGGUUAAGAGUCUCCUAACAGUGCGUGCUGAAACAGAAACUCCUGUCUCUGCUGUGUCGAUUAGGAGAAUACCCAGGGUUCCAGCAGAUAUGCCACUUUACGAUAUCUUAAAUGAAUUUCAGAAAGGAAGCAGUCACAUGGCUGCAGUUGUCAAGACUAGAAAACAAAAGCCUCAACUUGGUGUUGGUGAGAAGUCUCAGGAGAGUCUCAAGAAGAGAACAGAAGACUCAAAUAUGAAUUCUUCUAUGGUGCUGAAUCAGGUUGAGCCAGCUGCAGACAUUGAGAAGGGUCAAGUUGGAAGUGCAGUAUUGCCUACCAAGUUUAAUGCACUAGACAAGCCACAGCAUCUGCUAGGCAAUGAUGACUGCAGCACUGGAGAGAACAAGAUUCUAGACGACAUUGAAGAAGGGGAGGUCAUAGGUAUUAUUACACUUGAAGAUGUUUUUGAAGAGCUGUUGCAGGAAGAAAUUGUGGAUGAGACAGAUGAAUACAUUGACGUCCACAAGAGGAUCCGAGUUGCAGCAGCAGCAGCAGCAUCUUCAGUGGCACGCCAUCCUUCUGUUCGUCGCCUUACAAAUCAGAAGGCAGCUGGAGGACAAGGGCGUCAAGGCCAUUCAGCUAAUGUAUCUCAACGAAAGUUAACUGAGGAAGACACAAACAAAACAGAAAACAUGAAUUCUGCGAGUUCAAGGACACCAGAAAGCCUCACAGAACCAUUGCUUGGAACAAAAAGAUAAUACUCACAUCAAACGGGAGAGAAAGAAGCAUUGAUUCUCCGCAGAGUGACGAAUGAUACCAAAUCCAUUUAAGUGAUUUGGGGUUUUCUUCUAUUAUACGUUUCACCUUCUAGUUGUGAGCCUUCGGCUUACGCUUCAGUAUUAGAUUGUUAGGACUAUUUUUACUUGAUUCAAGGACAGACUAUAGAUCUACAAUUAAAGGUUACUUGAAAUUUUUCUAUUUAACAUUGAACAUUUGUAGGCAAUGGCUUUGUGUAAGUUAUCAUAUUGGAAGAAAUCAUUUGCUAUUUAUUAAUUUUUCAUGAAUUUGUGCGAUUA